GGGACAGCGCCUCCGGCCCGCCAGCACCACCUGAGGAUCCCGGAAGUCGCCCCCGCCAUGGAAGACGACCAGGAGCUGGAGAGGAAAGCAAUAGAAGAACUGCUUAAAGAGGCAAAACGUGGGAAAACAAGAGCAGAAACGAUGGGACCUAUGGGCUGGAUCAAGUGUCCUCUGGUUGGUACAAAUAAAAGAUUUCUAAUUAACACAAUUAAGAACACACUGCCCUCCCAGAAAGACCAAGACCACGAACAAAAAGAGGGCAGUAAGGAACCUGCGAAAAGCCAGGACCAGAAGGAGGAAAGCCGGCAGAAGCACAGAACCCACCCAUACAAGCACAGCGGCCACGCUCGAGGCCCUGCCCGUCGUUCUCCGCCGGGGAAGCGGGGCAGCCCGGAGAAGUCCCAGAAGCGGUCCAGCAAGAGGUGAGGCAGGGACGCAGGGUGAGCGCGACCGUCCCAGCACCCGGGCUUGGGCUGGUGCAGAGAUGGGGCUGAGGACGGCCCGCGCUGGCAGCGCAAACACCCAAGAGGGAUCUUCCAGCAGGGCCGCUGUUGUGACAGAGGAAGAUCACCAGAGGCUCCAAGGAAAGAGUUCAAAGGGAGCGCUCUGAAGAUGUCUUGGCAAGUUUAAGCUG